AGUAAUGACAUAGUAAGUGUUUGGUGCCUGAGGCAAUAAUUCUUAAAAACCCGAAUUUAAUUUUGACAUUGAUGGCUAAUAUCUGUUUGUUUGUUGUUAGUAGAUGUGAAUGGAGUCUCGGUAUCUGAAGAGAUGCCUGGGAAAUUGCUUGAAGAAGGGACUGGCAGAGGUUGUGGAGCAUCGGCCAGCAGAUCCAAUAGAGUAUCUGUCACAUUGGAUUUACAAUUACAGAAUGAUCUUAGAUGAAGAAAAAAAGAGAAUGUUGGAGAGGAUUGAGCUGGAACAAGAACAGGAGGUGGCCCUGGUAGAACUUGAAAUGUUAAGAAAAAUUAAGGAAGAGCUAAUGAUCCAGCAGAAACUUGAAGAACAGCGUCAGAGUCCGUUGGAGCAGGAACGUCAGGAGCUGGAACUGCAGAAUGAAGAAGACUUAAUACUGUUGCAGCAGAAAGAUCAAGAGGGAAAUGAAAAGAUGAUAGCUGAACUUACAGAUAGUCCUGGAGCUCCUAAAUUGACCAGAGUUGAGGAGCUCAAUGGGAAUGGCCAGUGUGAGCUAGCAUGUCUGACUCAGAGGAAGAAAACUGUAAUUGAAAUGCAAGCAGUAAAUUUAUUUUUUACAUACCACCCACUGAUUCUUGAAGUGUAACAUUAAUAAUUAUAGAUAUAAUUAAUGUGUCAAGAUUAUUUUGGAGUAGAGGCUACAAUAUGGUAAUUUGAACCGAUAUUAAAAGAAUAAAAGAUUAUUGGAAAAGGAUUUUCAAAGAAUGUGAAUGGUUUCUGGUAGAAAGAGAGAAUGCUCUACCGAUUAGAAGAUGGAGAGAGUUCUACACAUCAAAGUAGGUGUAAAAAUCAAAUCAGAUUAUUUUACAGUUUACCUGGAAGAGAUAAAUUGAAGUCUAUGUGACUCCAUAGACAGAUGUACUAAAAGAUCUUGUCUGUCUUAGAAAUGAUGAGGUGGUUUUUGUAACAUUAGGUGUUUGCUCUAAGCUUUAUAAUAAACUUUCUGGUUAUUUUGUGAUAUGAAGUGAGCUGCAAGUGUCUGCAUGUCCGUUUCAAUUAGUCAUGUCUUAAAAUGAUCUUUUCUGCAUUUGUUUUGAAUUUGCAAAUCAAUGAAUUACAUCUGUGUUGUCUUUACUAAAUACCAUUACUAGUUCUCAGAUCUUCACCUCUAAAAAUUUGGAAGAAUAUUUAGCUUUAUCCAUAUUUAUCUAUAGAAAUAAGUUUUAUAAAACCUAAGGCAAUCUUUAAGGAUUUAAAGAACAAAUUUCUGUAAUCACUGAUAUCAGGUUGUCAAGAAUGUUCCGUGUCUGUUCAUUGUAAAUGGAAAAGACAACAAGAAAUCCUAUGCUUCUUGGCUAAAAUGUGCCUUUGCAUCUCAGUGUCUUCUAAUAAUACAGGUUUGUUGGACAAUUAACCUUUAAGUCAUUGCCAAUAUUGUAUAAUGAAACUACUCUUCAUUACAAAUUCAGUACAUAGUGCAUUUACUGCAUUUCUCAGUUUUGGGAUGAAAGAUAUUUUUGGAAUAAUUUCACUUCAAUUUCUUUAUAUUAUAGCUAGCUUCAAGGGUUUUGUUAUCUUUGGCAAACUGUUAAAAAUAUCUAUACACUCAACAGGCAAAGGUCAAUCACAUAAUAAAUAUUUUUCUGCUCUAAAUAACUUGUUCUGUUCAUGUAGCUCAUACUAGGCAUAAUCCUAUAAUUUUUUUAAAAGUAAGCACUAAUGAUUUCUAGUAUAGUAAUAUAUUAUGUUUUCUUUAAAAAUAAUAAAGUAUUAAGAAAACUCCUUUUGCCCUCUUUAUUGCCAUAUUGCUUUUUGGAUGCUGUUAAUUGGCAUGUCUUGUAUGAACAUCUUUAAAAUCAAAGGAGAAAAAUGUCACUUUCCAGGUAUAAACUUAGGAAUGUUCGUGUAACUUUUUAGGUAAUGAAAAGUGGAACUACUUUUGUGACUAGGUGGUCAGGCUUUGCUACCUACAUUUAUUCUGCAUUGGUAUAGGUUGGCAAUUUCUAUGACUGUCAAAAACCUUUUCUGUGGCAUGAAUAUGCCCUUAUGGUUGAUAGUCCAGUAAAUGAUUUUGUCACGCUUUAUGAUUGUAUUUAUUAGUAACAGUUAAUAUAAUUUUAAGGAUGCAUUUUAAGUUACUGAUUUCCAGUUAUGCCUAUUAACACUGUGUGCGCAACAGCCUCUUGUGCCUGUCUCAAAGGAAUGGAGUAACUAGGUAGAUAGAUGGAGUUUCUCUUCUG